GCCGGCCGAGCGACCGCGAUGGCCGCGACCGACGGUCAGAUCGUCGUCGCGGCGGCACGCUGGGCCGAGGAGGCGACGUAUCUGCGCGAGUUCGUCUCCAAGUAUCGUCUGCCGGCUGUGAUCAAGAUCACGAAGGGCCAGUAUGGCGGGCUGGGCGUGCCGACGCUACCGGCGCCCAGCUUGCAGAGCACCGCGCUGCUGAUAUCGGCCGGCCGUCGGCGUAAGAUCGUGGCGCAGGCGGUGAAGAUCAAGGAGGGCCGCCGGGUGGUCGGCGUGGGGCCCAGACUGGCGAUACCGGACUCGUACGCGGGCUACUUCGAGAUCCUGAGCGAGGAGGGUCGAGCGGUGCGCGGUAUCGAGUCGGUGAGCGAGUUAUCGCGAAGAUGUCCGGAGGAGGGUGCCCUGGUGCGCGAGACCGUGCGCGGCAUCGCCUGCCGCGUGGACAACGAGUCGGGUAUCGUAGUGCCGGAGGGCACGAGAACCCUCGCGGCCGGCGAGACGAUCGUUACCGCCGGUGAAGUGGCGCUACCCGGCCGCGGCCGGUUUCUGCGCUGCGUGGACUGUCGUGGCGACAGCGUUCUGCUCGGGAUCGAUCAACGCGGCCGCUUCAGCGCCCUAGCCCGCGAGGACAACAUCAGCGGCGUGCACACCGCCAGGGCGCUACUCAGCAAACGUCUGCCGCUCACCGUGAGAUUGGUGCACGGCCAGCCGCCGCGAGGACUGAAAUCCUCGUCGCAGUUUGUGCCCGAGCUGAGGCUGCUGUCGACCUUCGAGGAGGAGCACGUGUUCGCGUUGCCGUUGCAGAGGGAAGGCGCGGCGGUUGCGCUGCCGCUCGCGGCGCCUCUCAAGCUGGUGAAGGCACGAAACGAGGAGGCGCUCAGGUCGAUGCAGGAGUUCACGAGAUUAGUGGAGCGCGCCAGCCGUUUGGUUGCCGAUGUGGCUGAUCGGGCGCACGUGUUGGACGGCCGUCUAGGCGAGAGCAAGCCUUCCAGGCAAACGAGGAGCGGGUCAGGCUUCCUCAGAAGACCAUCGACAAAUUCGGAUCACGCACCGUUGAGCCACCAUAGAAACGGCAGCACCGGCCAUCAUCAUCAUCAUCAUCAUUAUCACAGCAAUGGACAUCAGCCGUCCUCCGGUCACUCGGGGUACCGGGACGAGAACAGGGUACCACCGUCGUCGUCGGCCUGCACGGAGGAGUACGACGAAAUCGAUCAGAUUUACGACUACGUGCGCGGCUUCGCGCCGUUGCCGAAGAGCGUCAGGUCGCCGUACGAGAGUCCUCUCGCCGCGGGCCAGGGGGGCUCGACUCCGCCUUUGACGCCGGUGACGGUGACGAUCACGCCCUUGCUGGACGAUCGACCGGAACCGCCGCCGAUCGAGACGAUACCGACAAAAAAGAUCCAGGCGGAGAAGCGAACUAGGCGCGCGGUUAAGGAAGCGCCGCAGCCGCGGGUGGAGAAGCCGCCGCUGGCGAAACUUUACGUGAAGAACAGCGGCACUCAGCGCGGACGACCGCUAAUGAGGCAGAAGAGCGCGUCGCCGUUGAAGGAAACGCCGCCGGGUUACAAGGGCGGCUCACCGCUCUUCAACAUACGUUACAAGAGCCUGACGAAUCUCCAACAGGCCAUGGAGCUCGACGGCACGCUGGAUUCCAGUCACUCGGGCGGAAGAACGUCGGGAGACUCUGGCGCGGGUGCCAAACUGCCAGAGAAAAGAUCGAGACGUUUAAGCAGGCCACGAUCAUUGACGAAUUUAGUCUGGGAGCUACGAGGUGGAAGCGGCCUCGGCUGCACGAGACCGGAAACUCCGCCACCCGUCACGACUGCACCGCUGCCACCGACUAAAUGUGGACCACGUUUGGCUGUCACUGUCGUGGCACCCCGGCGUGUCGGCACGCUCUACCUCUAACUCAUUCGACCGACGAAGGGUUGAAGAAGGCAAAGAGCGGUUCAGAUGAAGAGCCGUGGAUCUCCGGUGUCGUUCGUUCAACAAAUCAAAA